UUCCCUUUACAUGGCAUGACUACUAGUAGUGGGUUUUCCUUUAAUCGUAUUUUGGAAGGAUGCAAUUGUUUAGGUCAAAUAAUGGAAAGCCAGAACAAAGUGUAACAUUUUAUACAUAUCUGCAACACAUGGAGUCAUUUUAGUUGGAUAAUUUAGCUGUUGUCAUGGUCUUAAAUUUCUUACCAAUAGACUUGAAUUGUGUUCUUGAUUAACUAGACACUCGGCAUCGAGAACUAUUUUUUAGCAACAAAAAUGAACAACCGUAAAUACUGUAGUACAUGUAUUUAAUUUAUAUGGAUACAAUGACGAGUCUGAAUUCUGCUUCCCCCUUUCCCGACUCUAAAUGGAAAACCGUUGUUCAAAAACAUGUGGGUAGAAAAAUCGGUCAGAAAUAUCGAAACAUUGGACUUCAAAUUCUCGCUGUGGAUAAAGGCGUCAAGUGUGGAUUUUUGUUAGAUUUUUCACUGCCAAUAGAAACAUUGCAGUUAUUCUUGAGAGAAUUAUACGCGGAAAAACUUAUUGGCAACGGCCUCAAAAUUAUUGAUAUUGGGCUGGACAAAAUGAUUUAUAAUGUGUACUCUCUCAAAGAUGCACAGUCGAAAUGGGAUGAGAUUUGCUUCAUCGACAUUUCCAAGACUAACAAGACACCAUGUUUACUUGCAUCCACAAAUGAUAAGUUGUUGGGAACACGUGAAGUAUUUGAAACACUAGAUAUCAGUAAUGAUGUGGCUAAAAUAGAUGUUGAUAAUAAAAUCGCCAAUCCAUCCACAUUAUUCGGUGUCCAAAUCGGUUAUCCGGUCGUUUACUGGUAUGAAAUGACAGGUGAUAAUAGCAACUGCUUGGAUAUGGAACCUUUAAAAUGUGUCCAAGUGUUGUGUCAACGACAUAUUCUGUACAGCUUUAGCGUACCAGUUUGUCUUUGGGACAUUAUGGAGAAAAUUGUCACAGCGUGGUUUGAUUUAUUAUUAUCAAAAUGCCAAUCCUCAUAUUUUCACAACCUUCGUUUAAAGAUUGAAACUGUUUGCUUACCGCAAGUUUGUUUAUAAUAUUGUGCCUAUUGAAAUAAAGAAUUCAAUAAUUAUUUCAAAAACGUUUUAGCCGUACAGUUUGAAUUACGUGGAAUGUCAGUUAGCUCUUCCGAAAUUUCGAUUUUGAUGUACACAAAUGUAAAGGUUAGAACCAUGAAAAAAAACCGUGUGUUGAAACAACACAAACUUGUGUUAUCUUCAACACAAGUUAGGUGUCACUGUUUAACAACACAAACUUGGGUUGAAACAGCACAAACUUGUGUUAAACUUUGAAAUAACCUAAACGUCUGUUAAAGUUUAUCAAAUAACACAAGUUUGUGUUAUAAAAGAUAUAAUUUAAAUAUAAUAACAGCGAAACGAAGCACUAAUAAAAUUAUUAAGUAUGCACUAAAUUGAAAUACUUUUGAACAAUGAAAAGGGCAAUAAGAGAGAAAUGGGGUUUAACGUCAACACGACACAAACUAGGUCAUUUCGGGACUAACACAAUCAUGGUCCAAUUUUAUUUCAAUAAUUCGCUUGCACGUAGGAGUCUUUAGCAGUAGGAGGAAACCGGAGGACCUGAAUAAAACACACGAGGUUGGACAGGCGACCCUCCUUGUCACGUACGACCGGGGAAUCGAAACCACGCCAGUUGACUCAGUGACAGACCUUAUGAUACGGCGAUCACGUGCUAACCAUUCGGCCAUUUGUGGGGCAUCUAAAAUAACUAACAUACACAGAACUAACCAAAGAAAUAUGCACUAUUCUAGAAUUUAUGAAAUGAUGUAGAACCCGUGACCUCGGUUUUCCGUCCCAUACGAACGACUAGACAACUGUCCUUGUCAGGCCCUCCGUCCUGCAUCACUGACAGGGGGGUGGGGGCACGCCGGAAAAUCUGGAUGAACUUUCUCGGCCAAUGCAGGCCAACGUCUUACCCACUUAGCCACCGUGAACCCCCUCUCCUGCUGAUUUAAAAUAAAAUACAAAAUGAAACUUAUACCUAAAAAGAGCACCAAUGGAAUAAUAUACAAGCACCAGGAUUACCGGUUAUUAAAACAUAAAUACCAGAGAAAUAUUAAAUAAUAUGUACAAAAUAUUUUCUUGCAAGUCAUAAGCGGGGGGGGGGGGGCACAGUGGCUAUGUGAAUGUAAGAUGUUGACUCGCUAAGAAAUAUGCACUAUAGAAACCUUUGCUCAUUAAAAUAAAACAAACGUAAAAUGAAACUUUUGUACAUAAAUGGAACAUUCAUUGAAUAAUAUACAACCACCUGGAUUACGUACAGGUUAUUACAAAAUAAAUGAAACAUAAAUAUCAGAGAAAAUGGCAAAUAUUGAAUAAUAUGUACAAAAUAUUUACAUACAAUUCAUGUAUGUGGAUAAUUGUGUAUUAGAUGCCGGCUCGCUAACCCGGAGGUCUUGUAUUUGGUCCCUGUGUUGGCCGAGAAAGUUCAUCUGGCAGUGGUGUGGGGCGAAGGGCCUGGCAACGGAUAAUGUAGAGUCAUUCGGAAGGGACGAAAACGCAAGUUGAUUAUGGUCUGGAUAGGUUAACUAUUGUCUAAUUAAUAGUUUAUAAAGAAAGACCUGCAAUAGGCAGAUUUGGCUCGUGCAUAAUGUAUAAUGUUUAAUAUUUUAUAAUCAGUACACAAGUCGUGUAUUCUAUGGUUUCGGGCAUCAUUUGUAAUGAACAAAUAAAAACAUAUCCUACAAGACAA